AUGGCCGUCAGUGGAGUAGACUCGGAAGGCGUGCCAUUCGGACGAAAACUCUUCACUGAACGUGAUAUCCAUUUGGUCUCUGGACCGAAACUGUUUAGGUACUGGCGCGGCAAGGGGGGGAGGGCCUACGCAUCUGGAAUCCUAGACGAUGUGUGUCACUUGCUCAAGAUUCUGGAUGAACAGGAUGGAAAACGACAGGUGCAGUUUGUUGGAUGCGCCAAGUCCCAGUCUGAGUGGUGGGAUUCGGACAAAGUCAAGGAGACCUACAUUGAGCUUUGGGAUGAGUGGGUUCAAGGUACGACUUUUUCCGCCCCUAUUCCACCAGAUGAGAGGUUGACAAAUUAUUUCCAGCGAGAGACGCUAUCAGACAGGAAUCUGACUGAUGAAGCCGUUGACAGGAUUGAUGACCUGCGCUAG